AUGGCGGGAGACCGUGUUUUUGACAUCCUUACCACGGACGUGGCGAAGCUCCAGGCGCUCAUGGCAAGCGGCAAGGUUACGUCUGUUGACAUCGUUGAAGCAUCGCUUGAUCAAAUUCACAAACACAAUGCCAAAGGCCUCAAACUCAAUGCCAUGAUUAACACAACGCCGCAGGAACUCGCCCUCUCCAUUGCCAAGGAUCUAGACGUCGAAAGAUCCCAGGGCAAAAUCCGCGGCCCGCUUCACGGGAUUCCAAUCACCAUCAAGGACAACAUCAUGACCGGACCCGAGUUUCAAAUGCCCACAACCGUUGGCUCGGCCGCCCUCGAAUCCGCUAUGGCCGAAAAGAAUGCCCCGAUCGUUGGCAUGUUGGUGAACGCGGGCGCCAUCAUCAUUGGGAAGGCGAACCUUUCGGAAAUGGCCGGGUGGAAAGGUUUUGGCAUUACAACCGGUUGGUCAGCCGUAGGUGGUCAAACCCAAACACCCUACAUCGUCGGGGGUGUCGCGCCCGGCGAAAAGCUGCUUGGCCACUCGACCCCCGCCGGCUCGUCAUCUGGAAGCGCUGUAGGCGUGGCUGCCGGCUUUGCCCCUGUUGCUUUGGCUACGGAAACCGACGGGUCCAUCGUGCAACCAGCCACCCGGGCAUCUCUGUACGGGCUGAAAGCAACUGUCGGUUUAAUUCCCACCGAGGGAACCUCCCCUUGGAGUUCCCUCACCGACAGCAUAGGCGGCAUGGCGCGGACACCAGGUGACCUUGCCAACCUGUUGGGGGUCCUGUUGAACGACACGGACCUAUCCGCUCGCACCGCUACCGACAUAUGGGAGGGGCAGAGAGUCGGCUUUGUCGAUCCCACCUUGUGGGGUUUCGCGCCUUUUAUCUGCAACCCCGACAGCGUCCUCACCUAUCAGGAGCGCCGUGGGCUUGCCGAUGCCGCAAACAUAAUCUCGCGGAAUGGGGGUGUCGUCGAACAGCCCGUGCGUCUAACCUCGAUGGACGAGCUGGUCCUCGACGGCGAAGACGCGCUGGAGCAGUUAUGGAAUCACGACUUCGAGCCGGCGUGGGAUCAAUUCCUCUCGGGGUACAAGGAUGCGCCGGUGCGCACCUUGGCCCAGUUGGUGAAGUUCAACAGUGAACAUGCGGAUAUUGCUCUCCCACCCGUCCACCCCGGUCAACAGCUGCUAGAGGGCGCGCUCAACGACAAGCUCACCAAGGAAAAAUAUGCCGAAGGGGUCAAGAUCCUCCGACAAGCGGCCCGUGUCAACGGAAUUGACAAGACUCUUACCGACUUCAACCUGGAUGUAAUCAUCGGUCCCAUGGACGGUAGGAUCCCAACCGUUGCCGCCGCCGCCGGAUAUCCCGUUGGCACCAUGCCGCUUGGCUAUUCCAAAACCAACGGCAGACCGUUCGGGGCCUGUAUUAUUUCCGGUGCCGGGGGCGAAGCAAAGAUUCUGAGGGCCAUGAAUGCCUGGCAUGCUACCAUGCCUAGUAGAGAGGCCCCACCGCAGCUGGUCAACGAACAUUGACAUGAGGCUUCCAGUAGGUGUCCGAUCUCAUGUAUCGUAUCCUAGAUGACGUUGUACAAGAUAGCCUACCAGGGAGUCAUUAUAGGCAGCUUCUGUAUAUAGCAUGAGCCAGGGGUUCACAGCUCAGGGUGUCCAUCAGAUAUACAACUUCAUCCCCAGUGGUUCAAUAAUGAAUGAAUGAAUGGCUGGCCAGCGGGUACACUAAGUACAAAAUGCGCAGACAGAAGAAGACCCCC